GACGCCCACCUCAGAUUAAUUGAUGCUGAGCUAAGAGUUGGGAAUAACUUUGAGAACUUUGCAAUGAAUAGCAAGUGUGGGAAAUCGGUUUCAACCAAGGAUGUUACCAACAGUGCGAUCAUCGACAUGUUUUGUGAUCCGCCAAUUAUAGGCCGGUAUGUCAGCUUACAGUUGAAAGGAAAACAUGAGUAUCUGAGCGUAUGUGAAGUCCGUGUCUACAGUGAAACAGAUAUUGAAAAAACUGAGUGCUACUAUGAUACAGAAGGCCUGGACUAUAGAGGAAUACGUACAACGACAACUGGCGGCUAUUUAUGCCACUAUUGGAAUACUGACGAGAACAUGGCAUAUAUCACCAAUAAUAACCACACGACUGAAGGGAUAGGAGAUCAUAACUUCUGCAGGAAUCCUGACAUGGAUGAAACGGUGUGGUGCUUCUCUGAACUUCCUGAAAUAAAUUGGCAAAUUUGUGCUGUACCAGAUCCGCAAGAGUCUUGUUCAAUUGGGGAACUGAAGAUGGACCGUUCACUAUUUUUUCUCUUCCUGUUCAUAUUAUCGGCAUCGUCAUCUUAUCUUUCACUGAAGCGUUCUAUCUAUAGUGAAACACCCUCGGAAACGCUCAGAAACGCAGUUGAUGGGAAUGACGCCUUCUCCAAUCAGACCUGUUACACAUCUACAAGUAAUGGUUUCGAAGAGUGGAUAAAAAUAGACCUUGAUCAACAAUUUAACGUAACCAGUAUCACAAUCAUUAAUAGAGUCGAAAAUGAUCUUGACACUCACCUCAGAUUGGCCGAUGCUGAGCUGAGAGUUGGGAAUAACUUUGAAAACUUCGCAAUGAAUAGAAAGUGUGGGGCGUCGAUUUCAACCAAGGAUGUUACCAACAGUGCGAUCAUCGACAUGGUUUGUGAUCCGCCAAUUAUAGGCCGGUAUGUCAGCUUACAGUUGAAAGGAAAACAUGAGUAUCUGAGCGUAUGUGAAGUCCGUGUCUACAGUGAAACAGAUAUUGAAAAAACUGAGUGCUACUACAGGACAAACGGAAGGGAUUAUAGAGGAAUGCGUACAACGACAGUUGGCGGUCUUUUAUGUGACUAUUGGGAUACAGAAUACGGAGAAUAUUUUUUAAGUAGCAGCGUUUAUAAUACAACCUUCGAAUCCACUAACAUACUAGGAGUUCAUAACUUCUGCAGAAACCCUGACGGAGAUACAACUGUGUGGUGCGUAACCGAGACAGGAUGGGAGUAUUGUGCUGUGGAAAAUCCGGGAGAGGCAUGUUCAAUACAACCCUUCAGUGGCAAGUUAUUACCAAUUGGACUAUGGCUAUUAGAUUCCGUUUGUGAUACCUACGAGGACGUUCACAAUUUGUACAAUGUCGGUCUGGUGUCUAGAUUGUGCAAUGAAGGGACGGAAAUUCGCACUGGUGGCGGCAAAACACCGAUUUCUCUCUUCAUAAGCGAAUAUCCCAGCGCAGAUGUCAUCGGACUCACAGUAGCUGUAUAUAUGUACCCUUACCUACAGUCAAAUGGACCUAUUAUAUUAGGAUACUAUAAAUCAACUGAAGAAUUGUUGAUACGCCAAACACCAGAUGCUGCUAGAAAUGGUAACUCUCAAGUUGAAGUUUACAUUCAAAACCACAUGAUCACCAGUGCCAACGUGUUCCUGCCAAACUCUUGGACUUUUUUGGCAGUCACGUAUGAGAAAACCGGACGAUUGGUAAAACUUUGGCGUAAUGGAGAAAUAGCAAGUAUCGGCUACGUCGAUCUAAGUAUAGAGUUUGUAGGUAAAUUGCAGGAGAUAACUCUUGGAGCAACAUCACAGAAUUCGUCUGGUUUACAUGCUAAGUUGUCAUGGUUGCAACUGUACGAUCAUGUUCUGAACGAAGCCGAGAUGAAAGCAGCAAUGGAAAUUAAACCGACGUCACAUCAAUAUGCUACUAUCUUUCAACGUGAGUCGUCAGAAAGUUGCAGUGAACAUUCUCAGCAAGUCGGAGUAGUCAGUACGAAGAGCGCCACCAUGUGUGCUCAGCGGUGCAUUCGCCGCUUUAUGUGCCGUCGGUUUACCUUUGAUAAAACGUCAUUAAUUUGUACUUUGUAUGUCAAUCAAAAUACUAGUUGUGGGUAUAAGAAAAAAAAAUAGAUUUAUCGCUCACGAACUGACGUCAUAAUUAUUUCUGAGCCCACAUUUAUAAGCCUAUGCCUUUAGGAGACUAACUACCCGGUUCCGUCAAAACACCUCAUCCAGUAGAUCUGCUGUUUAAGUUUAUAUACAUGUGGAGAAUAUGUAAAAUUAUUUAUGUGAAUUAAAAGGUAAAAUACUGGUAAACAACAAUGCUGGGGUAAACAAUAGCUGACUCUCGGAAGAGAUACAAAAUCGCUAAGCAGAAGCUAAAAUGUAAAUGUACAGAAAAAGAACUAGAAUUUUUAAUUAGACAACACUAUAGGUCCUUCCUUAAGUGGCAAGUGUAAUAUUUACUGUAUAAUUAUUUAUAAAAUAAAUAUUUGUAAAUGUAAUAGGUGGUACAGCACGUUUUUUUCGCCUUUUUUAUACAUUGAGCACCAAUUUUUGGUGGUGAUGUUUGCGCUUUAAAAAUCGUUAUUAUUAUUAUUAUUAUUAUUAUUAUUAUUAUUAUUAUUAUUAUUAUUAUUAUUAUUAUUAUUAUAUUACUUAUGGGAAUAUAGAUUGGUUUAUUAAUUGAUUGCCGAUAUGUAGAGUCCUCUGUAGGUGGAUGGAAGAAAGUUAUGUUAUCUUUUACUAAUUAGCAUACUC